GGUGACGUUCGGCGGCGCGCGGCGGCUGCUGCUGCUGCUGCUGCUGCUGGCCUGGGCCGCCGCCUUCCGCCUCGUCCGCGGGCCGUCCCGCGGCCAUUUUGGGCUCUGCCCUCCUGAGGCGCGCGCCCGGCCGCCCAGCCCUUCCGGGGUCGCGGGGCCCAGUCAGUGCCGGGAAGUCGCCGCGGGAGGGACGCCGCCGAUGGUGGCCCGGCCCCGCACGGACUAGGGCUGCCCCCGCGGCCCGUCCUCGCCGCCGCCAUGGACGCCGCCGCCUGCCGCUGCUCAGCAGGGCCCGCCGCCCGCGGCCGGAGCCGCUCCCCUCUGUGGCGCUUCUGGGACCGGCCGCGGGCCCCGACCCCGCGGCGAGGCCACGUCCAGGCGGUCUAGGCCGCCCCGCGCCGCGUCCCGCCCGCUGCCGCCGUCGCCGUUGCUGUCGCGCAGACCCGCCCGCCCGCCCGCCCGCCCGCAUGGAGCCCGGAGCCGGCCCGCGGGCGCGCCCCGGGGCCAGCUGGGGGCUGCCCCGCUUCCUGCGCCGCCGCCCCGCGCCGCCCGCGCCCGCCGCCCCGCAGCCCGAGGCCCCGGGCCGCGCGUGGCUGCGGCGGCUCGGCCAGCUGCUGGCGCCGCUGCCCGGCCUGCUGCAGCGCCUGCUGCUCUGGACGCAGCUGCUCGGCGGCCUCCUGCCCGCGCGCUGGCUGGACCUGGCCGGCGGCUCCGGCGCCCGGCGGGGGCUGCGGGCGCGGGCCGAGCCGGCCGCGCCGUCUGCGCCCAAGACGCGGCGCCGUGACGCCGCCGCCGCCGCCGCCGCCGCCGCCGCCCCCGCCUGCGCCCUGGACUGCGGCCUGGACUGGCUGGAGCAGGGGAUGCCCUGGCCGUACCGGGCCCCGCACCUCGACUUGGAGCUGAAGGCGCCGUGCCCGGCGCGGGCCCCCGCGGCGCCCGCGUUUCUCCUGGAGCCGCGGCUCUGGGGCUCCGUGGAGCUCCUGACCCGUCUGCUCGCCGAGCGGGGCCCUGGCUCCCCGCCCGCCUGGCCGCCCCGCGUCAGCGUCGUCUCCUAUUUGCUGAGCCCGGCCUAUCUGGACAGCCUGGCGCGCGGCGGCCCGCGCUAUCUGGGCGGCGAGCGCGGCCCCUGGCAGCCGCUCGGCCCGGCCUGCAGCAGCAGCAGCAGCAGCAGCAGCCGCGCGCCCCCGGAGCCGGCGCGGGCGGCCGCCAGCGCCCCGGCAUGCCCGCCGCCCACCCGGGAGGGCCUGCCCGAGAUCCAGCACCUGCGCAUGAAACGGCUGGAGUUCCUGCAGCAGGCCAGCCGGCCGCCCGCGCCGCCCGCGCUGCCCACGCCCGAGCAGGACCAUGGCUACCACAGCCUGGAGGAGGAGCACGGCCUGCUCCGCGUGGACCUGAAGCGCGAAGGCCAGAGCCCCGCGGCCGGAGCCGCUCCCGGAACCGCGCUGGCACCCGCCCGCGCCCCGCUGUUGACUGAAGCGCCGCCGCCGCCGCCGCCGGCCGCGGGCAAGCCGGGCCCGUGGGCAACGUGGCCUGCGGGCGCGCCACCCAUGGCCGAGGGCGCUGCCCCCCCGGGCCAGGCCGACGAGCCCCGCGUGGCCGCCCGGCCCGCGUGCAGCAACCCGCUCAUCGACUACAUCCUGGGGGGCACCUCGGCCGACGCGGACGCCGGCUCCGAGUCGGACGGCAGCGAGGACUGGUCCGAGGACGACGGCUUCGACAGCAACAGCAACAGCGACAGUAACAGCGACAGUGACAGCGACUGCUCCUUGUCCGAGGCGGACCCGGAGUCCGGCCUCCAGCUCUGGGACUCCUUCCACAGCGGCGACCCGUACGACCCCCGCAACUUCACCGCGGCGCUGCGGACCCACGCCCGGCCCGGCCCCGGCCCCGGCCCCGUUCCCGGGCAGCCCGCGGACCCGCACGGGGGCCCGGGGGCCGGCGGGGACGACAGCGAGGCGAGCGCCGACGAGGCCGAGAGCCUGCGGCUCUGGAACUCCUUCUGCCGCUCCGACGACCCCUAUAACCUCUUCAACUUCAAGGCGCCCUUUCAGACGGCGGGGAAGAGCUGGAAAGGCUUCGGGGGCUCGGACGGGGGCCCCGCGUCCUUCGUGGCCGUUUCUGAGCGACGCACGGUCCUGUCCUGCAAGGUGCAGCUGGUCGGGAGCCCAGAGGGCGAGUGUGCCGGCCUGGGACAGUCUGUUCUCCGACAAGGACACUCGCCGGUCCGGAGGAAAAAGGUAACCUUCCUUGACGAAGUUACUGAGUAUUACAUUAGUGGUGAUGAGGAUCGCAAAGGACCGUGGGAAGAAUUUGCCAGGGACGGAUGCAGGUUCCAGAAACGAAUUCAGGAAACAGAACUUGCUAUUGGAUAUUGCUUGACAUUUGAGCACAGAGAAAAAAUAUUUAAUAGACUUCAGGACACAUGCUUUCACGGACUUGUUUUCAAGCAAUGUUGAGGCGAUUUGAUAGCCUCUGGCCCUCACUUGCUCUGCCUCUUUAGAGGUGUCUUUAAAAAACAAUUGGCAGCUCUUCUCUGACUUUUUAAAAGAAGGUCCAGAGACCUAGCUUCAUAGCUCUUUGUUACGUCCCUCUCACACCUAGGUCUGAAGCCAGCCCUUGAUAACAAAGGGUGAAAGGGUGUGAUUUCUCAUCUUCCCUUGGAUGGAUCUGUUUUUGAAUGCCAUUUAUUUGCUGUGGUGAAAGAGGACCUUUUAAGGUGUAAUUUUGCACUUUGAAAACUUCUUUUUUCUUUGGAAAUGAUAUUUAUAGAGUUCAGAGCCCGUUUCUAAUUCUAAUUUAUGUGUGAAGACUUUGGGCUAUUCUUCCCCAGUAUCAUUCUGAAAUUAAUGGACUUCAUGGUUUCUUCACCUUUUUUAAAAAGAAGUUCGGUGAUUUUUACUAACUGAAAGCACAUUGUGUCACCUUUUUUUCCUCUAAAAAUGACUGGUUGAAAAUGUACGUGGUAUGCUUGAUUAGAGAUUACCGUUUUCCAAGGACUGGAAAUACACAGGAUCUGCAUGUGUAACAACUUUGGAAAAGCUGCAUCUUUCUGCCAAAUUUUAGUCUGUAGUCUCUUAAAUUGCUCUCUGGAAAGGGUUCUGUAAAUGUUAUUGUAGUUCCCAGUUGAAUGAUUCUUUGUAUCUUUGGACAGAUAGAAAUAAUGUAAAAGACUCCAGAAAGUAACAAUUGCAUCAUAAGCUUUUAUUUUUUAAAUUAAAAAUCCUAGAAUAUAUAAAAAGAUAAUGUGAGACAUCUCAGCAAUUUUGUUUUGUUGUAUGCUCUCCACAGAAGACCAGUGUUACUCAAUCAUUUCUUGGCACUGUCACUUUUAAGUACCUGUCAAGGUGACAUUGUAAUCUUGGAAAUGGACAGUUUGGAAUUUUCCAGUUUGAAAUAAGCAGAAUAGUCAAUAUCCAAGCUUAUUGUGUUCUAUUUUAAUGAGAGAAGGAAUAGUAAGGCUUAUACUUUCAGGAGAAGAUAGAAUUAUAGGUUUAAUAACUGUAAAUCUUAAUAUCUUAACCCAAGAUUACUUGUGAAUUGAAUGUUUUGCAGUGACUAGUUGUGCUUGGUUUAUUAAAUUAGUUUCUAUUAUUGAUGUUCUCUGUUAAGUUGAAGACAUGUUAACCAGUUUCAAAAUGCUCUAUUUUUACUGCACAGGUAAUAGAAACAUGAGUAGAAUAGGUGAUCUUUUAACUGAUUUCAGUGUGUGAAUGAAUUUUUCAUUGGAGUGCUUGCAGAAUUACUACCUCAGUUUACAGUCUACCUGGUCAUUAUUUUAUUUGUCUGUUUUGCUUUUAAGAACUGCCUCCAGUGUUGAUAGAGAUUCAUCCAUGAACACACUGAGAGUGAGUAUCAUAAAAGAUGGUCAGAUUUGUGCAGAGCCCUUACCCACCGUGUUUGGUGCACCUCCACUUUGGGUAAUCACAGGGAAUGCAUUUAGAGUCUUGGUUUAACACCCUGACCGCGGGGUAGAUUGUCAGGGCAGGGCUGGGGGCUGAGGUUCAUUGUAGGGGAUUGUACCCAGGGACGCCUCAUAUUCAAGGCUUGUGCUCUACUGCUGAAUCAAAUUUCCCGCUCAAGCUGGGUAGUUAUAAGCACCACCUGUAUCAGUUGGAAAAAGUGGCCUUAACAAAAGUGUUUAGAAAGUAUAUAUGCUUUCUCAAGACGCAACGGAAGUAACUGCAUUUUAUUUUAGAAAUCUAGACGUGUUUUCUUGCUGAAAUCUAGCAUCUCACCUUAUGUGAAAAUUAUGGAAUAUCUUUGCCUUCGUUGGGUUUUGAGAAACUGUUCUCUGAGGGUUUCAACCCCACCAUGAAAUGAUUAAUUCCAGGCCAAGACUUCAAUUUAAAAGAAAUGACAAUACUCCAGUGGGCAGGACAGAAGGGACCAUUUUUAAGGUGGACUGAAGGAGAAAAAGAAAACUCUUGAGUUUGAUUCCGAUUUUAGUUGUUAGACCAAAGUUAAACAGCCACGUUCUUGAAAAUUUUCACUGUUUAUACAUGUAAAGUCUUAAAAUGGUGCUUUAAGAAUCAAUGUAGCAUGUGAAAGCUUUGUGCAGACAAGUAAAGUUGCCUUUCUUGGUGUUGAAAUGUACUAACAGCACCUAUUCAUCUUUAACUUGAAUCAAAUGUUAUUUUUUUAUAAUUUAAGAAAGGUGACAUUAGAGACAGGAGACUUUUAAAUGGCUUCAACAGAUCCAGUAAUUUAAUUUACCAGUGUGGAAAUUUUAUAGCUAAAAUUAUAUUUGUAUAUAUAACUGUUAACUAAUCUGUAAAUUGUAAUAAAUAUAUUUACAAUUAAAUGCUAUGUGAUAUUGACUCAACUUUAUAUCUC